AUGGAUGGCACUAUGAGUCAAGUUGAGCUGGCCAUUCAGCAAUUAUAUUCUUCAUUGGCUCCUGGACAAGUUCAACGUGCUCAAGUCUGGCUCCAAACGCUGCAGAAACAACCACAAGCUUGGAAUCUGGCACUGCAAUGUCUCAAUUCUCAAUCUCCAAAUACUCGAUUCUAUGGCUCGCAAACUCUGGCAAUCAAAAUUGUUCAGGAUUGGGAAUCAUUGACAGAAGAAGAACGUAGUGGAUUGCGUGAUGAACUACUCAAACAAGUCACACGGGCAUCCAAUGGACCACGCUUUGUAUUGACGAAACUAUGUGUCGCGCUGACUGAAUAUGCUAUACGUGCUUGCCCAUCUACAUGGCAGAAUUGCAUUCAGUACACAUCGCAAUACUUUUCGACACAAGCUCAACAAUCCAACGACCCGGCCAUUCGACUCGCUUUGCAAUGUGCUCUAGUUGAAUGGCUGACUGUACUUGCAGAGGAAGCUCAACGACAGGAACUGCCAGCUAAGCUCAGGGCGUCUCUUGAUGGUGAAUUGUUGCUUGGAGUACCAGUAGCAUUGACUAUACUAGAGGAAGUAUUGGAUAUACCUCAAGAACAAACUACAGAGCCAAUCAAGAGCUUGAAAAUUCAAGCAUUCAAAGCUACGAAAGGUUGGGUCCACUAUGGAAUUCCCACUGCGUCUAUGGGUCAAAUGUUUUACAAGAUGAUGGAACAAAUGUCGACACCACUAUGGCCAUUAACAAUCGAUGUUAUUGAAGAGAUUGUUACGAAUCCGCGGAUGGCUGGAUACGACGAAACGAUUUCAAACGGGCUCUUGAAUGCUGUUACAGCUGGACCAAUACAUACCGAGUUCAAACGUGCUCUUAGUGAAGGGGACGAUGAAUCGUCUGUCAAAAUAUGUCAAUUACUGAUCGAAUUUGGAGAGCACUAUGCAACAUUCUUGAUAUGCAACUUGUUGCGUCAGGAUGUUACCAUAUACAUGGACAUGUUGUUGGCAUACUCACAAUAUCCUGGUGUCUUUGCGGUUGAUGAGGAAAUCUCUGAUUUGCCUCUUACAGUCUGGUCAAACUUUCAAGAAACUUUACAGAAUGCUGAUAUUCUUCCACUCGCCACUUCCGACAAGUAUGAUUUGACGACAAAUCCUCACACUGGAGCCCCAAUAUCUUCUGAAGAAGCUUCCAAAUCGAGCCGUCGAGUUCCUGAUGAUCAAGUCACGCAGACGUGGAAUACUGCUCAAGCCUUGUAUGCCAAACUUGUGAACGCAUUGAUUCUCAAGAUGGCCUUCUCUACAGAUGCACAUACAUGGUCUGCGGAUGAGCGUGAAAGGUUUCGAGUGUAUCGAAGAGAAUGCUCGGAUGCCUUGUUGGUUUGCUACUAUAUUCUACGACAACCUGCAUUGGACAAUCUGGUGAAAAGAGCAGUUGCUUUGACUGCACAGUUCUCCCCUCAGCAUUAUGGCAUACCACAGGAGCUCGAAUCCGUUCUCUGGGGUAUCACUGCAUUCAGUGAAGCAGUCAGCGCUCAAGAAGAUGCACCGCUCGCAACGAUAUUCGGAGAACAAGUGUUUGGUAGACUCUCAACAGUUUCAGCACCCUUCAUGUCUCGUAUUCGACUUACACUGUUUGUACUCAUUGAAAGCUUUGCUGAAUACCAUAGUCGACAUCCAGAACACUUGUCUUCAAUCAUGCGAUUUCUGAUAUCUGGGUUGUCAUUUGAGAGUGAAGCUCCCUAUGCUGCCAAAGCACUCAAGACACUUUGCUCAGAAUGUCGUCAAGGUCUGGUUUCUGGUGCAGAUUGGUUGACUCGUCUAUGGCUUGAAUCUAGUAGCAGCAUUUUGCCCUCUGAACGACCAAAAGUAGUAGAAGCUAUAUGUGAUGUCAUUCAAGCUCUAUCUCCGACAGAGGCCUUGAUUCGAGCCUUGGCCAUCAUGCACAAUAUCGCUUCAUCGCUUCGUCAAGUCCUGAAUGUCGCUCAUCAACAUAUGGACGUUUCGAAAGAUGAAGUGAUAUCACUCAUCUCUCAACUCAAGUCUUGUUGUCGUGGAAUGAUUGUAUCUGAUGAGAUUGAUUUGACUCAAGAACAAUCCAAUAUUAUAACAGUUACACAGGCAAUCCCUUUGAAGCUGGCUGCUACGGCAAAUGAAGUUGCAGUGACUCAAUUGAUCUGGAAUUGUUUGAAGGAGGUUGUUGGCUUGUGGUCUCAAGACGUCCAAGUUGUUGGUGAAAUUAUGGGACUCUUAUCCACCAGUUUCAGCAGUUCACUUCCAUUACUGGCACCAUCUUCACAAGAUCUCGUCACAGUCUUGACAGACUUGUUUUCUCGUCAUCCCAGUCCAACAAUACUAUCUACAGUCGGUGCUUUCGUCUGUACAGUAUCUCGGCAAGCCAAAACAGAUACGGUUUUUGCAUCAGAUGCUAUCAAGUGGAUUCAAAAUAUCUGUAUUCAGUGUUUGCAAAUCCUGCAAGCUGUUGAUUCGGAGGGGAGGAGUGGGAUGGUGGUCCAUCCUGAUCUAGGAGAAGCAUUCUUUGAGUUGAUGAGUAGAUUGUUACAAAAGGCACCCAUAUUUCUAUUGGCACUACCACCGCGAGUCUUGUCUGCCAUCUUUCAAGAUUUGCUCAUGGCUGGUCUACGAAGCGAGGAGAGAUUUACUCUUACGGCUGUUUAUACUCUUGUGUUGGAGUUGAUUGCUUCAGACAUUGGCUCUUCAAAUAGAGCAAUAUUUGCUCAACAACUCAUAUCCUCAUGUGGAGAAAUGAUUGUUCAGCAGUUGUUGUGUGACAUUGAAAGUCGAUUACCACGAACUCAAGUUGCCAAACCUUCUGAAGUCCUCUUCCGAAUGAUUUCCAAAUACCCUGACAUGUGUCGCACUUGGAUGCAGACUUGGACGGCCUUACCUACGACAUCAACUCGUGUCGCAAGUGUGGAAAGGAGCAAUCUUGUCAAGGGUUUGCUUGGAACACGACAUCUCAAAGUCUUCAAAGAACACAUCCAAGCAUACGCAACUCAUAGUAGAUGCCUAGCAUAG